AUGGCUUCUCAGUACUCAUCCGCUGCCCCUCUUCCCCAGGGCUUCUCAGUCUAUCAGCCUCAGCUCGGCGCUCAGCUUCAGUUCUUCCCUGCGCUCGGCACACAAGAACUCGAUGAUAUGAUCAACGCCUACAUCCCCGGCUCGGCUCCUCUCAAGGAGAAGCGGGCUACCGUCUCGCUCGACUUCCUGGAGCACUCGCAGCUCACUGGCCAGACAUUCAAGUUCUACCCGGUCUAUUACUCUUCCAGCCCGGUGGCAGCCUCGCCAGUCAACUCCAUCGCCGCCUCUUCCUUCAGCAACACAUCUCCGGCCAACUCGGUUUUGGACUGGAGCCGGGCGUCUGCAUCUCCAUCAGUGUCUUCUCGCUCCUCUGCUUCCAAGAGCCGCAAGACCUCCAAGUCUAGCGGUCUCGCCCGCUAUCCGGCUGUCGAUCUUUCACACCUGCCCGGUAUGAAGAUCAUGACCAAGGAUGGCCAGGACAUCACAGACUCUGCCUCCCGAGGCUCCAAGACAAAGGAGCAGCGAGAUCAUGCACAUCUGAUGCGCAUCAUCAAGGCCUGCGAUAGCUGUCGACGGAAGAAGAUUCGCUGUGACCCCGACCACAAGAAGCGUUCGGCCUCUCAAACCCAACCUCAGUCUACUGCGAAACCGGCAAAGAAAGCGCGCACAACAUCAACGGCAGCGGCGACACCAGCACCAGCAGCAUCAACACCGGCGCCUCAGAAGACGGUGCCUGGUGAUGUGGCGAUUUCGACGUUAGACGAUAAUCCCCCUAUACCGAUGUCGCUGUUGGGCAUUGAUCCUACCUUCACAUUUACCGGCUUGGAUGGCCUCGAGUCCACUGACCAGUUGUUCGAGUCCUGGGAGGAGUUCGUUCAGUACCCCCCGGCGGAUGUCGACGACAGCUACGACUUCUUCCUCGACCCCGAGGGAUACUUUUCUUCCCAAUCCUCCGCCUCCUCCUCGUCUGCCUCGCCCCCCAAGGCGUUUACGCCGGCGUCACAGCAAGAUGUUCAGGCCGUUGCUGGCGCUGAGGAGCGUGAGGGACUGUCAUCACAAUCCGCCUCACCCCAGCUUCCGUUCUUGCAAGACAAUCACACCACCUCGAGCGGCAGCUACACCGACUUCAACCUGUUCUCGCCCUCGUCCAGCUUCUCUGAGGAUGACCGCAUGGUGCCGAUUUCGUCCACGCGGCUGCUCAGCCCGAUUCAACCAUCCGUCUCCGAAUCUGAAUCUUUCGCCUUGGACAACUUCGCUGUUGAUGACAAUCUCCUCAGCACUAACUGGGAUGGCACGACUGCGGCAGUUUCUCCUCUGGACACCACCAACCUUGUCGCGGCUGCCCACACGGACAUGUCGUGGUAUGAUCCGGGUCACAGUCACCCAGAAUCCGGUGAACCAGGAGACUUGCGGGGCGGUAUAAGUACGACAUCCUCCGCGGGCUGGGCAGGCGAAGUUCGCAUAGCCUACCCGUCGGGUGGCUCUGUCGUCGUUACUGCGGCCUCUGGAAGCCGCGGAGUGGAAGUGAUUGCGAAUAGCGACACGUCAGUUGAGCUUGUUACAAGCCCAUCACCCAGCACCGCGCUCCGGUUCCACGGCGACAUACAAGAUGAAGCUCCAUCAUACGACUCAUCGCCCACAGAGCGUGGCAGAUUCCGAAGUGAAUCACCAGUUGAUUAUUCGUCUCGGUUGUCCUCGGGCCAAGCCGGCGUCUCAACUGAACUCACGAGCCCACACACGAGCCAACUCAGGCCCACGGCCGCUACGCUGGCGACCACCGCGCACACUCCAGUCCAGCUCUCAGGCCCGGAAGAGUCGCCGUCAAGGGUAUGCGAUGCCAUAGCGCCUGCAAAACACCACUCAGUCCGACUAACCUGUCUCAAGGUCCAAACCGAACUUGCCGCCAACCUCAACGUGACUUCCGCCAACCUUUCUGGCGGCUUACAAGCAUUAUACGGCGAUGCGCUCUACGCUGUACCUGGUUCGACCGCACACGCAGCUGCCGGCGAGGAUACCGCGAGCCAACGCACCUCGUCCGGCCCCACCGCCCUCGUCUGGUCUGACAGGUCUGGCGUUGAGACUCUCCCGAGCCUCGCCAGCCUACCUGCCCAGCGACUCCACGGCAACGGCGAUGCGCACCAGCAGCCAAUCGUCCCUGUGGUUGACAAUGGUCUGCAGACCCUGUCACCGCUCCUCCUGCAAGCGAUUUUGCCCAACGAGAGCUUGCCCGCUGCUAGAGGAUCUGCGUACUUUGGGCCUGGCCAAGGGUCGAGCCAAUUCGUUCUCCGCCAAGUCCUUUCUAUGCAAGCCGUCGUCGCCAUUCUCGCCGCCACAUUGCUCGGCGCCACGUUGGCAAGCAUGGCUGGAACCUCUUUUGUGUUCUCCCUCCUUUCACUGGCUGUUGCCGCGAGGGCCACCUUUCAACGCCUUGGAGAAGCCAAGGCGCCCCUUGAGACGACACCGUCGACAAUGUCAAGUCCAAGAUUCAAGGAGGGACUUCAGUCAUGGGGCAAGAAGCCCUACGUACGGAGAGACCAAUUUUCGGCACUACGACAAGAGGUCUCUCGUCUAUCCUCUCGUUUCUCUUUUCUUGAGGGAGCCAGGCCGUUGGCUUUGAUCUAUCCCUCGAUGGGCUAG